GUUAACCUAAUCAAGACCCGCGGGAACGCCCCCUCCGUGACGUCACACAAAGGACCGCGGGGCAUCCUGGGUAGAGCGAGACAAUCUGCGCAUGCGCCACCUCUCCUCGGAAGCGGUCCGAGGAGGCCGCGUCACCAUAGCAACCGAGGCCUAAUCCUCCGGGCGGAGUUGCUGUGGCUCCACCCGGCCCUGUUUGGGGUUCAUUUCCACCCCCUGCCCCGGGGGAGGAUCCCUGGUGGCGCAGUGGUUAAGAGCUAGGCUGCUAACCAAAAUGUCGGCAGUUCGAAUCCCCAGCCCUCCUUGGAACCCCUAUGGGGCAGUUCUGUGAAUCGAAAUCCACUCUCAGGCAACGGGGUUUACCCCAGGGGCACCCUCACUCGGCAGAGUGGUGGGGUCAGGGGCCCUUGUGACGCUGAGCGUAGCUAGAAGGGGUCAGGACUUCGGUGGAGAUGGGGCGCGGCCACCGCUGGGACCGCUGACGAGAUGGGUCUGUGCAAGUCCGCGCUGCCGCAGAUGGGCAGGCCCCUGAGGCCCCAGGAGAAGGAUGUCCUCAAGUCCCCCCUGAUCAUCUUUGUGAUGGGCGGCCCAGGCUGUGGCAAAGGGACGCAGUGCAAGAAUAUGGCGACUAAGUACGGCUUCUGCCACGUGGGGCUGGGCCACCUGCUGCGGCAGGAGGCCCAACGGGCACCCGGCGGGGACGGCAGAUCCGAGACAUCAUGCUGCAGGGGCUCCUGGUGCCCACGGUGAGAACUCUUGGGUGAGGGCAAGGGAGGAGGGGCACAGUGGGGCCAGCUUCCCAGGAAAGCCCUGUUCCAGUGGAUGGACGUGAAAGGUGUGGCUCCCAGCUUGGUGGUUGCUUCACUGCAAUAAGCCUCCAUUGCCUCAUCUGUAAAAUGGGGAGAGCAGCUGGACUCCCGUCAAAAGGCUGUAGUGAGGGUUGGAUGACAACAUUCUAUGAAGUGCUCGACAAGGUGCCUGGCACUUAAAACACACUCCAUAAAAUUAGAAACCAGUUGCCGUGGAGUCGAUUCUGACUCAUGGCAACCCCAUCUGUGUCAGAGUAGAACUAAGCUCCAUAGGGUUUUCAAUGGGUGAUUUUUCAGAAGAUGAUUACCAGGCCUUUCUUCCAAGGCACCUCUGGGUGGAUUUGAAUUUCAACUUAGCAGCUGAGCUCAUUAUCCAUUUGCAUCACCCAGAGGCUCCAAUAAAUGUUGUUAGUUGCUGUGGAGUCGACUUCCAACUUAUGGGGACCCCAUGUGAUGAAAUAGAACUGCCCAAUAGGGCUUUCUAGGCUGAAAUCUUUACAGGAACAAAUUGCCAGGUCUUUUCUCCCUUGGAGCAGCUGGUGGGUUGGACCUGCCGACCUUUCCUUUAGCAGCUGAGCGCUUAACCAUUGUGCCACCGGGGCUCCUUAACCUGGCUGUAAACCGAAACCAAACCUGUUGCCAUCGAGUCGAUUCGGACUCAUAGUGACCCUAUAGACCAGAGUAGAACUGCCCCCAUAGGGUUUCCAAGGCUGUCAUCUUUAUGGAACAGACUGCCACAUCUUUUUCCCAUGGAGCAGCUGGUGGGUUCGAACCCCCAACCUUUUGGUUAGUAGUCAAGUGCUUCAACCCCUGUGCCACCAGGGCCCCUAACUUGACUAUCCAAAACCCAGUGCCAUCGAGUCAAUUCCGACUCAUAGCAGCCCAGCCUCAAAAAGGAGUCACUUGUGCUGAGCUCGUCAGCACACUGAAACCUAAGUUUCUAUUUCCUGUAAAUGUCUAACCUUCCCAGGAGCCAAAAUCCAAGUCAAUCAAUUGACUUUUCCGGAAAUGGAAACCUAAACUGGCCAAUGAGGACUCGAUUGAUCAGUUUGCCCUUUUUCAAAAUGUAACCCGAAUCCCAAAUAAGGAAGGAAAAUGCCCACCAGCCAAUCCAAAAAUUGUCCAGUAUAGCUUCCUUGUUCCCGUUUGUGGGCCAUUACGAAAGCCUUUCCGCACUUCAGAACUCCUCUGACUUCCAGACCAGACAUUCCCUGGUUCACGAACUGAAAAAGAAAUCUUGUAAGUUCAUACACAAAUUUAAUACUGUGGAAAUUUUAUUUUUAAUACCUGGCACUUAAGAUAUCCUUGACAAAACUGAAAACUAGCUGCUGUGAAGUAGACCUUGACUCGCGGUGACCCCAUGUACGUCAGAGUAGAACUGAGCUCCAUAGGAUUUUCAAUGGCUGGUUUUUGGGAAGUAGAUUUCCAGGCCUUUCUUCUGAGGCACCUCUGGGCAGACUGAAACCUCCAGCCUUUCAGUUAGCAGCCAAGCGCAUUAACCAAUUGCACCACCAGGGAGUCCUCAACAAAAUUGUUGCCAUCAAGUCAGCUCCAACUCUUGGAGACCUUAUGCUGAACAGAACAAAGAUGUUACCCAGUCCUGUGCCAUCUUCAUGACUGUUGAUAUAUACCUACAGGUUUUUCCACUAUGUGUCUGUCAUUUUGUCAUACUAUGGUAACUUGCACACUGCUAUGAUCCUGGAAGCUAUUCAGCCUAGUAGUUCAAAUACCAGCAGGGUCAUCCAUGGUGGACAG